GCACUCUGCAUGGUAGUUUUCGUUAUGCAUGCUGAUUUUGGCCCAAAAUCGUGGCCGAAAGUGCCGAAGCGACGACCACCACAAGAAAGGACAUCGCCGGCUGGUCAGCUAGGCCAAGAUUCGACGCGUUGCCGACGCCAGGUGGCUCCAUCCGCUUCCUGCGCCGCGCUUUCUCUCCUAGCGAUAUUGGAUUGUGCAGAAAGAUUGCAGAGUGAACGUCUCCAAGAGAGAGAGAGAGAGAGAGAGAGAGAACAAGCUGCUUCGAUCAUUGCUCGGCGGCUCACCCCUUCCCUCACGCGGCCACGACUUUCGUGGCUGAACGAAGAACAAUGACCAAUUUCGGCCAGGGGCAAGCAGCAGCAGCAGCGGAGGCAGCAGCGGCGGCGGCGGCACAUCCCCCAGCAGCUCUCGGAAGUUCCUGCAGCGACUGGACUCGAAGCAGCGCGUGCCGUCGUCUGUCAUGAAAUCAAAUUUAGCCUCCAUCCAUGGCGCCAAGAAGGAAAGAAAGUUAUCCACUCCGACCAUCAUCCACCCUGUCAGGUCCGCCGCCCCCGGCCUGCCCCCCGUGCCGCCCAGAAACCUGGCCAAAGGCCCGUCGCCUCCGCCGCCACAGGCGACCGACCCGCCCUCCCAGUCUGCCUCCGAGGUUAAGUACCCUUUCGGCGUGCAGAACGACCUGGGCCAGGUGAUCCUCGGCUCUGCCUCCAAGGAGGUGGAUCGGCAGGAGCGACCGACAAACUACCACCUACUUCACGAGUUGGGCCUGACGGCCUCGUCGUGCCUCGCCAACACCCCCACCUCCCCUCCCUUGACCCCGGGCCCUCCCGCUCGACCACACAGCCGAAGAGAUCUCAGCCCAUCAAGACUGUCUUUCCAAUCUGCAAGUUUACAAUGCAGCCUCGCAUCCUCCGCCACAGACUUGAGUCUGGAAGCAACUCAACUGGAAAGAGCAAUUCGUACAAACGAUACUCUACGGGUCAAAAGAUUUCUUGAUGUUCAUCACGACAAGUUCCAGGUUAAUUUACAUGGCAGCAUUUUGGAUAAGUCUUCCAGCGAGACGCAGAGUCAGGAUGUGGAGAUUCUGUUGCGAAAAUCAAAGACCCUCAUAGAUAGGUUAGACGCGAACGGAGAUGAGCGCGAGCCGGAAGUUCCUUCGAUAUUCAUAAACGCUUUGCACGUGGCGGUGAUGCACGGGUCGGUGGACGUGGUGCGGCUGCUGCUCAAGUACGGUCUGGAGCCGGACCAGCAGGGCUCCAAGCCCGGGGGCGAGUUUGGCGGGCGGCUGAGCGACUCUGGGGCCAACCCAAACGUGCUCACCCCCGAGAGUCCCUUCAAGAAGCGAAGGGCGCACAUCAGCAAGUCGCUGCCGCGGCAACGCUCCUUUUCGCUGGACAGCGAAGUCGACCUGACAAACUCGCAGCGCUUCCUCAUCGAGCGCCGCAGCGUGUCGGUCAAGUCGAGCCCCAACAUCUCACAGCCGCCCCCGCCACCCCCAGAGGCCGGCCCGCCCUCGCCCUGCCUCCUCUCGCCCACCGACAACGAAAACCUGCUCAGGCCCGUCGAGAGGAGCAUCUUCGCCGAACUGCGCCGCUCCAGCGAGAUCUUCAAGAGCAUCCUCCUCAAUUUGUCCACCAGGGACGCCACCCCCGCCACCGUGGGCCCCAACGACCCCAAUCUGCCCAGGCUCAGCAGAACGGGAAAGGAGAGUGGAGGCUCUAGCAAGGGUUCUGCGUCGCCCGUGGAGAGCAGCAUUGCUGUGGAUCUGGCCGGUCUGCUGGCCGCCCACGAGCAGCGGCGCCUGGCCGCCUACCAGCACGACGCGACUGGAGGCGGCGGGGGCAGCCACCAACGCAACCACGUGCUGCACGGGGCAGCGCCACACGGUGGCGCCGACGCAAGCUACACGUCCGAGUCGUCCGUGUGCUCGUCGGACACAGACGACCUGAACGGAGGUGUGACCACCCUGCACCUGGACAUCUCGGCGUCGGACGACCACUCGAGUCUGUUGCGGCUCAACCCGCUGCUUUCGGCCGACAAGGUCGAUUGUCUGCACGCGCACGUCUAUACCAAGCAGUACCUCUUCUCGCUGCCCACCCUGUUCCUUGCGUGCGUCAAGGGCCACGCCAGCCUCGUCUCCCUCCUGCUCAAGUACGGCGCCAGCGCCAACACACAGGACGGCUACGGAAACACGCCGCUCCACAUCUGCCUUUGCCAGGCCAAUAUUCCGUGGGAAUGUGUACUGGACCUGCUGGAGCACGGCGCGCAGAUCUCGAUUUGCAACCGCUCGGGGCUGACACCCUUCGACCUGGCGCCGAGCAGUCUGGCCAAACUGCAGUACCAAAUGCUGCUCGACUGCUGGGCCGCGUUUCGCGUGACCAACAAUGCGUCUGUUCCCGCAACGCAGGCCGCUGACCCUCAGGCGCAGGCACAGUCGGACAGUUCGCCGCAGCAAGUCACUGCGCAGGCGUGCGGUGCAGGUCAGUCUGGCGCGCCUGCGCAGACCAUCGUGUCCAAGCCGCAAGGCAUCUUGCGGCGGAUCCACGAGGGGCUCAAGGCCAGGACCGACUCGGAGGAAGUCAGCUCAGCCUCUGCGGAAGUCCUGCCCGGCAUUUCCACCGCUGGCUCAGUCAAAAGCAAGGGGAGCAACCCGGAAAUCUCAAUUUCCAAGGAUAAUCAAGACGGUAUCAGCAAGCAAGAUUCGAGAAAGAUAGCGCGACGAAAAGCAAUGAAAGAGAAACAUGACCAGAAUUCGCAAGCAGAGCGGCAUUCUGCACUAGAGGCUGAGCGCAGCUUCCAAGUACUGCUACGCAUGGCGGGCAAUCCCGAGUGCCUUGGAUAUGUGUUACGAGGGCUUCUUGCUCACAUCCCCCAUUUGCUUCGCCUGCUGCAGAGUGUCAGUGACACUGCCCUUCACCGCGCCACUUCUGCCCUAUUGCACAAUGUACUCAAGACGGCGGUGGAGACGUACGGCAUCAAAGCAGCGAACGGAGAUGCGGUUUCGCGGCGCGAGUUGAGCGGCUGCCUGUGUCUGGUGCUGCGGGUGUGCCUCAGUCUGAUCCACGGGGUGCACGACCUGCAGUACACUGCCAUGGUCACAAUCAAUAAGGUCAUCGACGCGUGCGUCAUCCACAGACUGUCCGACGUCAAAGUCCACACCUCGCAAGCCCUCAGACACCCCUGCACUUACUGCGACCAUCAAGAAACUGAAGGUCUUCCGCGGAGCAAGCAGCGUUUAACAGCGGAAAAUCGUCCAACGCCGGCCGCGAAACGGCUCGGCUCGGUUUGGCGACAAACGACCACUGAAGUGCCUGACGCUGCUCGCAAGCCAGAGGAGUUAGCCAAGGAAGAGAGCGUGUUAGAUGUUUUGUCUAGUGUCCACGCGCUGUCCGUGCUCAACAUUUUGCACAACGCGUUGACUUUGUACAAGAGGGUCGUGGGCAGCAAGCAGCAGUGCACACCUAGCCAGAGAUGGAGGCAUUGCAGUUACCACUGUCUGCAGUUGCUGGCGGCCAGGGCGUUGCUGUUUAUGAGCAAAAGUUCCUCCGUGCAAGACCAACUCGUCCAGGAUCCGCAACUCCGGAUACUCAUUGCUGCUUUGGAUUCCACGCAUGAUCCACAAUUGCUGGUGCUGGUGCUGCAAAUUGUGGCGAUCCUGGCGCUGGAGCCAAAAAACCACAAGCCGCUGUGCGACAUGGGUCUUCCUGACGCGCUCAGCCAACUGCUACUGCCCUCGGACGAGUGGUACUACACCAACCACAGCACCAAGUACGCGCGCUACGUCAAGCACCACGCAGCCAGGACACUCGUCUACCUCGGCCUCCAGCACCGCGUCAACCUGCGCAUCAGCGUCUACGACAUUCUCCAAGAAGAAGCACCACCACCGACACCUUUGCUGGAAAGCGUGGAGGACAAUUACAUUGCACAAACGUCUUCGUCGCCUUCACUGGUAACCUGCGCAGAGUCGGGAGCCGUGCUGGGCUUAUCAGUGGAGGGAGCUGUGAUGUUCGUCUUAAGGGCCUUAGAGGGAUCAGUGUCUGCUGAUUUGGCAACUUUGGAAUGGAUAUUGAGCGGAAGUUCCUAUGAAUCCAGCGGGAUCAACAGACCACAAACCGCAAACCGUCCCAAAAUCUGUGACCCCAGUUCGACCGAGUUCGUUCAAACAUUCCUGUCUUGUUUCUCGUGCGUGUUGAACCCUCUGGUGUUGGUGCGGCUGCUGCUGCACCGCCUCCUCACCACCGCCACCCACCUGCAGCGGUGGAAAAGUUGUGCCUCCAGGUCCAGCUUCGCUUCGGCGCCGGACCCACCUAAGAGCCCGAGGAGCAGAGCUUCCUCCACCGACACCGAACCCAGCACCCUUCGCAAGAGGAGAAAGGUCAACUUGACCCUCGACUGCAUUGUAAGCGGGGAUGGGGAGGAGGAGCAGGCGACUUGUCCGACGUCUUUGCACGUCGUCAAGCGACCCCUGCAGAGGCAGGAAAAGGCCCUGGCGGCCAGGGACAGUUUUGGCAGCGCCACCGCACUUGAGCCCGCCAUCGCCAGCACUACUCUGUUCGCAUUUUCGCACAUGUUCCAGUCGGCAAACUCAAGGGAGAGCCUGACGGAUUUUGGGAGCGCCGUGGCCGCGGCGGCGGCGGCCACCGUGACGGCCAUCACGGCGGCCAGCGCGUCGAGCAGCAAGUCGAACACGCCGAACGGGUCGCCGACGCUGAUCGCGGGCGGCAAAAGGUCGUUCCGCUUCUCUUCAAUGAAAAAGCGGCGGUCCAAGUCGCACGCCAACAUUGCGCCGCCGCCCGCCAAACUGCUGCUGCAGCAACAACAGAGCAGGGAGCGUUCAAAGGAGCACGCCAAACACCGCUGCGAGAACCCCGAGCAGGAGAUUUUAGCAUUUCAAAGACAACUGCAAAAUCUGCCCGACUUUGAUUCGCCUGAGCACCCGGGACCACACGAUUUAGCAGAUAUUUUAGCCUCAGGCGGCAGUUGGGCAGCUCGUCCUUUUUUACGGCCUAGGUCUCGCUCCGUGCCCCGCGUGACUCCAGAGGGAGCAAGAUUCCUGACCCUACCAGAGAUGCCCUGGGGUGGGGGUGGGGGCAUCACGCACACCGGGGGCUCCCUGCGGCUGCCCAGAGGCCGGUCGGCAGGGGCCCUCGGUCUGGACAGAACCCCCAGUCCGGCGACCACCCCUGUGGAGGAGCGGGCGGGGUCGCAACCCCCGAUGGGCACCGCCAGCAGGAGGAGCAGUUUGACCCCGUCUGACAGAUCGGGCGGUCGUCGCAGGGACAGUCCAGCGUGCAUGCUGCUCGAAGUGCCACCCUGGCACAAGGCCAUUCUCAGUUUUAUUGAGGAGUGGCUGCGUGUGUCUAGGGUGGACCUGGCGUGCCACCCUCCUCUGUGCAAAGAACUGCGCGACUUCCUCGUCAAAGUGUCUGCCUGCGGAAUUCCGUACCAGCAGUGGAGUUGCGAACUGCGGCAAGAAUUUCCAUCCUUGACGAGAGACCCAGAGCAAGAGGCGAAAGACGACCAAGAGGAGACCGACAGCGAGUACAUCGCACUGCGACGACAAGUGGUUAGUGGCGACCUGCCGUGCAGCAAAGAAGAGGCGGCGGCGCUCGCGGGCAUCCAGCUGCGCCUUGAGGAGUCGUGGGGCAAACACGCCGAGGGCGCCACCCCAGCCCACGCACCCCUCUCACCCCAGGAGUUGUCCACCAGCCUCAAACCCAUCUCCGAGGAUAAGGAGAGCCUGUUGUUGCACGUGCCAAGUUUUGGGGCCGGAGCGACUCGAUGCGUGAGUCCUUUGACCGAGGAGACCGAGGGCAGCGACUACGAACAGGAGUCGUCGGCACCCUCGGAGUCAUCAAAGCGGAGGGGCGUUGCCGGCAGUUUCCGGCUGCAGGGCCAAAUGAAGACGACGAGCCUUUUGCGGCGGUGCUACCCUUCCAGCUCGGCCCAGGCGCCUUUUCUCACCGCCCGAAGACUCGAGGACUGCUUGCCCCCCUGCUACCACUGCGCCAAAACCAUGCCAAAGCUUAUCAAGGAGCAAAAGCGGAAACUUUUCCACACGUCGGUGUAUGAGUCGGAGGUGCAGCUGAAGAAGUUGUACAUCCAGACUUGCAAGCGGCUCCCCUGCUAUGGCUGCAAAGUGUAUCAAGUCAAAGAACUGCUCAGAGGCAAAACCAAAAAGAAGCUUUCAAAUAUUUUCCAGACUGCGCGGCUGCUCGGACUAGGCUCGGAGAAAAUAGUGCUGCUCGACACAAAGACUAAAAUCCUCGCCAAAGCUCAAAAUACGCUUGAUCUUUUACAGUGGAGAACAGGAGGAGGUCGUUCCCAUGACAGACUACAGUUGGAAUUCCGAGGAUCAAGGUGGCAACUGGCUGUGCCCUCUCCUUCCACGAUGCGUGAGGUUGGCCUGGCGCUAUGGGAGAUUUUACAGGAACUCGACCACAGCUCCACGUCAUUCUUGGACAGCGUCUCCCUGCUUUUUCCCCCCUCCCCCACCAGGAGAAGCAAGGCUGAGCCUGCAAGUGCGGCAACAGUGAAGAGAUCUCUACAUACCCUCCAGGUGCCGGUGGUGUACGCGAGCGAGCUGGAGGCGCUCUACCGGCUGCUGCACUUCCCCGAGGAGGUGGCCCUCCGACUGACCGCCACCGAGCACCACCUCUUCUACCAGGUGCCCCCCAUCGACUACCUCCGCCAGGUCACCCUCGACCUUGCCACAGGCGCCACCAACCCCCCGCCCCCCGACGAUGGGAUGGCGGGGGUGGCUGCGGCCGCCGCCGCCGCCAACACGGCCGCUGCCUCCGCCACGCCGGCCAGACCCUCGGUCCGCGACCUUAUCAAGAGGUUCAACGAGGUGAGUUCGUGGGUCACGCACCUGAUCAUCUCUCAGCCAACCCAUGAAGAUCGCAAGGCCGUCCUUUCGUGCAUCCUGCGCGUGGCGCUGUCCUGCUGGAACAUGGCCAACUUCAACGGCGCCAUGGAGAUCGUCGCUGGUCUAAAGUCGAAAAAGCUGAAGCCGUUUUGGUUGUCCAUCACCGAAAAGGAGUCUGUACCUGUGCUGGAUUUUUUGUCCGCGGCCCUCAUGUCUGCUGAGUACGAGCGGGCCCUGGCCAGGGCGCUGGCCAUGCCCGAGUGCAGGGUGGUGCCCUUUUUCGGCGCCUUCCUGCGCGAGCUCAGGGAGAUCGUCUCCAACACGCCUAGCCUGGUGGUGCUGGCACCACCCGGCGCUGGAGAGGCGGCAAGAUUGGAGCAGAUGGGCAAAGGGACGCGCAGGAGGCCUAGUUCGCGGCGCCAGAGUUCCGGCAGCGGCACUUUUCCGCCCCAACCAAUGCGCAGCGCAGGGACCAGGCAAAUGUUCAUCUCGGAUUACAAUGGCGAGGACCAUUUCUUCACGCGCAUCGGUCCGGGAGGCCUCAUCAACUUGGACAAGGUGUACCGGACGCAGGCAGUCAUGGACAGAAUCGCCUCCUUCCACCAGCACUUCCACGCGCGCACCAGAAACGAAAUUUCUAGGGAGCCAGUCAGCAGCAUCCACACUUCGAGCAUCGAGCGGUCGUACCUGGUGCAGGAAAACGAGGAGCACGACUACCGGUUAGACCUGGACAACUACAAGCCUGUGCAAUCCAUGUACCACGAUCACGGCGUCAGUUUCUUCCCCAUUUCGGCGCCGCAUUCGGGCCUGGACCACCACGUUCUGCAGGUGAUGCACCACGGUAGCACCGCAGUGCAUUAUGAGACAGAUGGGUCGCGGUCCGCGUUGGUGUACAUGCGGCUGGAGCGGAGCUGCUCAACGCUGACGUGGACGCGGCCGUGCUGGAGCGGCCUGCGGGGGGCGGCGGCCGGCGGCCCUGACUACUGCCUCUCAGCCAACCCCGAAGAAAACAUCCCGCCCAGCAUGGCCCUCAAGUUCGCUUCCAGCGCCGGCGGGGGUGGCGGAGGCGGCAGUGGUGGUGGGGCGGGUGGCCUUGGGGGUGCGGGGGCGUGCCAGGGCGAAGUGGCCGCCGCCGGCCUUGAGGAGGGCUACCUUGAGCUCAGCGCUGUCAAGGAAAUCGUUCUGGGUGGAGGCGGCAAGGACAAGGAUCCGGACAUCGCUUCCACGGCUAGACGCUUCGGCCUUGAGAAGUUCCAUGGCUCAGAAAACUGCUUGGCCUUAGUCUACGGCGCUAACCUCAGCGACAACCGCGUGCUUAUGUUCCUAUGCCCACCACUUAUGUGCAAGGUGUGGUACCAAGGCCUCUGUUGGGUAGUGCGAGGCCUAAAGCGGCAAAUGCAGUUGACUGACCGGCGGAUCAUGUGGCUCAAGGAGCAAUACCUGCAGCUCUACUUUGACGAAAUGUGCGGUGGGCCAAUGACCGCUGACGCAAUUAGAGUAUUUGGAGGACGAGACUGGACGUUGACUGGAAACAUUGUUGGCAUGUCUCCACCUGACAACGGCACCCUUAAGAGAGGCCAAUCCACGAAAUUUAGGAAAAAGAAGUCAAUUACAAACAUCCAAAAUAUGAAAGACAUUGGCACCAAACCCCUUGACUUGAGCAGAGAAGGUGCCCUUUCGACAUCUCGGAGGUCAGUGACCGCUGCAAAUCCGCCAAGAUCAUGGUCGAUUUCGAGCGAAAUCGACACCAACAGGUCCUCAGUGUUGGCUGCCGUGCAGAAUGCAGGGAGCACCACACCCUCAGGCUCCUCUGAGCACCUGGAUAACCUUUACCCAAGCACUUCGUUCAAUUAUCCUGGUCUGCAGAGAGAGAAAAAAGCGGCCGGGAGCGAAUACCUGCAAAUCAGACAGUUCCGAGCGGGCUCUAUUACAAAUGAAACGCAAUUAGACUUCAUUGACUUUGUCAACCUUUUUAGAUCAUUUAGUUUAAGGUUAAGAAAAGACUUAAGGGAACUAUUUGAGCAGUUUGCAACUGUGUGCCGAACAACUUCAGAUGGAUCGCUCAGUGACAGCAGCCACAAAAAUUCACCCGAACAUUCCACGCUCAACAAGCAGAAAAUAGGCCUUUUGACGAGAAACAGUUCAAAUGACUUGCUGGACAAAGGAUUGAGCAAUAAGAAGAAGAUCUUUGACGCAAUUGCCGCGGCAAGCAUCGUGAGCAACUGCGCAGGGGUGGACACAAGCAAGAGCCAGGUGAUAACCCUGGCCAGUUUCUGCAAGUUUCUCGAGACCAAGCAGAUGGAGCAGCACUCGGAAGAGGAGGUCAAGGCCCUCAUCCAGCGCCACGAGCCCGACCUGCUGCUCAGGGCACAGAACAACCUGUCCUUCGAGGGUUUUGCCAGGUACCUUAUGGAUAAGGACAACUACGCCUUUGUCAGUGAAAGGGUCGCCCCCGAUGAGACUGAAAUGGACCAGAGUUUGUCCCACUACUUCAUCGCCUCCUCUCACAACACCUACCUCACAGGCCACCAACUCAAGGGAGAGUCCUCUGUUGAGUUGUACAGCCAGGUGCUUUUAACCGGUUGCCGAUGUGUGGAGUUAGACUGUUGGGACGGCGACGACGGCUCUCCCCUGAUCUACCACGGCCACACCUUUACUACCAAAAUACCCUUCAGGUCUGUGGUUGAAGCCAUCAACAGGUCCGCCUUUGUCACCUCCCCCUUCCCUGUGAUCCUCAGCAUUGAAAACCACUGCUCAGUGCAACAGCAGGCCAGAAUGGCGCACAUCUUUCAAUCCGUCUUUGGAGACAAAUUGGUGACAAAAUUCCUGUACGAAGCCGACUUCAGCGACGAUCCCUGUCUUCCGUCCCCAGGCCAACUCAGGCACAGGAUUUUGAUCAAGAACAAGAAACUGAUGGCUGACAUUCAAAUGGCGCCAAGGGGCACCAGAGGCCAGGGCGCCUUCCCAUCUGUCAACAAAGCGGCGUCUGGGAGGGCAUCCAGCAUUGUGAGCAACACCAGUGGCGGGUCAGUCAAUGACGAGUUCAGCGAAGAUGAUGAUGACGACGAUGACGACGAAGAUGAAAAUCUAGAUGAAGACAAAAGCAGUUCCUUGGCCAAGUCGUCCUCUCUGGGUCCGAGGACGGACUCGAUUUCAAGCCACGAAGGCGCCGGUCUGAGGGAUAUGCGCCACUCACACCCCUCUGUGCCUCACACUGCCCUUAGAAGUCAGGACUGGCUAUUCGACGACGACUUCAGCUCCCACAAACCAAAGAAGCAGAGCAGCCAAAUCGCCAAAGAACUGUCCGACAUGAUUGUCUACAUUCAGGCCAUCAAGUUCAGGACAUUGAACACCAUCAGUCCAAACAGCUCUGUCAGGAGCCGGAGACCUGCACCUUCAGGAACUACGUCUUCUGGCAUGAAAAAGGGCACCAAUACUCCCUCAGGUUUGCCUCAGCAGGGGACAUCAGUGCCAGGCACCCCUACCAAUACGGGCGCCACCUCUUCGAUCAGCACCUCGAGCGCCUCCUCGUCACUGAUUUUUGCAACCACAAUGCCACUGGAGUCAAGUCUGGCCCCCGGGGCACACUCGAGCUUCACUAAGAGGCCCAACGUGAACCACCCAUGCUACCAGUGCUCCAGUCUGAACGAAAACUCAGCCAAGAAACUAUGCCGGAAGCAGCCUCAUGCCUUGGUCGCCCACACCGAGACCCAGCUGAUGCGCACCUACCCUGCCGGAAUGCGAAUUGACUCGUCCAACUUCAACCCAGUUAUCUUCUGGGCCUUCGGCAUCCAAAUGGUGGCCCUCAACUACCAGACAGAGGACGCUGCUCUCCACCUCAACACUGCAAUGUUCGAGCAGAACGGCAGGUGUGGCUAUGUCCGUAAACCAGCAGUCAUGUGGGACAGAGGUCACAUGAUGUACAGGAGGUUCAAUCCGUGGGACAAAGAAUUUGAUGGACUGCACUCAGUCCACCUGGUGCUGACCAUCGUCUCAGGGCAGUACGUCAGUCAAAACAACCUGAGCUCAAGUCUAUACGUGGAGGUUGAGGUUAUUGGCAUUCCCGUUGACUGCGCAAAACAGAAAACCAAAAUCAUCCAACGCAACGCCAUCAACCCCAUCUGGAAUGACGCUUUCUUUUUCCAAAUCAUGUUCAGAGAGUUGGCGUUUGUGCGGUUCAGUGUGAUGGACGCCAACACCAACCACCUUCUGUCACAAAGGGUGCUACCUUUGACCAGGUUGCGACCUGGGUACCGCCAUGUCCGUCUCCGCUCGCCGCAAAACCAACCGAUGCAGCUCUCCACGCUGUUUGUGUACUCGCGCACCGAGGAGGAAAGUCUAGACACCCUGGAGAACAAUGAGGUGCCCACCCACCUGAGCGGCUCAACCUCUGUACCUGAGAAGGCGCGAAAGGAGAAAGAACAGGCUGAGCUUAUCGAGAGCGUCACCGUGCCACUCAAAAGACGCAUGUUCUUCCUAAUGGUGUUUGGCGUCAUACCUGACGAGCCGUAUACAAUCCUGAAGAUCACCCAGGAGAGCACGACUCAAGAAGUAAUAGUGCAGGCCCUGCAGAAGGCCAACCUGGGCGCUGACAAGGCCCAGGACUACAUCCUGGUGGAGGAGGUGGCGCGCAGCUGGGAGAAGAAGGAUCGCGACAUGCCCGCCACGCAGAGGGUCCUCGACCUGCACGAACGACCUUUGCAGGCGCAGGCCAACUGGCAGGGCGAAGGUCGCUUCAUCCUGAAGCGCAUGGGCGACGACCCAAGCAGCAGGGCGUGGCUCUCGUCCAUCAGGAGCACCGCCGGCCUUUCCACCGCCAAGUCAGCCACCGAUCUCUCGGCUCAACAUGUGGGUCGCAGCUGGGACGAUCACGACAAUUUCCUGGUCUGCGUUUACAACGUGUCGCCCGAAAUCCCGUACGCCAUCUUGAAAGUUCCCCUGGGCAGCUCGGCGCAGGACGUGUUAGCGCAGGCCCUUGUCAAGGCCAGGAGGUUGGAGGACCCUACCAAGUUUGUUCUGGUCGAGGAGCUCGAGUGGGCCGGCGGCGCCCAGCAAAGCCAACAACCGCAGAGGAGGAAACAGCAGAGGAUUUUGGCGGAUGACGAAAACGUGUACGGCACUCAGGCCCACUGGCAAACUUUGGGUCGUUUUGUGCUGCGCGAGAGAGGAGAGGUGACCCCUCCGGCAGGUCGGCGCAGGACGACCCUGAACCUGCGGACGGCCACCCUGGAGAAGCUGAGCAAAGGGCUGAAGGGCCGCAGCGAGAAGACAGCCGUGCACGAGGUCCUCAGCUACCCCUCAAGCAGCAGAGGGGGCGGUUUUCGGUCGCGACUCGCCUCCACCAUUGGGGGCGGCAGUGGAGGAGAGGCCAAGGCCUCCUCGGGACCGCAGCAGGUCUUCAAGGAGCGGACCAGGGAGGUGCACUCGGAAGGUGAGACCCUGAGCGACGAGGAGCGCGACGCCAGCGACAUGAGGAACGCAGUGGCGCGCCUCAAAAAGGUCUCCCUCAAAAAGUUCAAAGUGUGGAAAUGAAGAAUAACCAGACGCAAAAAUCAAUAAUAGAAAAAACAAGACUUUUUCUUUUACUUUCUUAAUUGUUGUUGGUGACUUUUAGAUAUUAUCACUCAUUACGUUUUUUGUUGAUUUCAAUGGAGAGUGUUGAAGAGAAAAGCUUUAAAGUUACCAUUUUUGAUAAAAGAUUGCGAGAACAAUUUGAUUGUUAAUUGUUCAUCCAAUGGAAAUGUAUCAGAGCUUGCAUUUUGUGAGAAAAUGUUUGUCGUGCACAUGUUAUUUAUUCUAAAACGUCAGGCUUCUCUACUUUAAAAUUUUCACACACCGAUAUUUUUCUAUUCUUGUGUGACCCCAGUUUAAGUUCCCUUGUUUCGUUUCAAGUACUUCCGGAAAAGUCUUGGGAUUGAAAGAAUUUAACACAUACUUAUUUCAAAAAAGAUUUCUAGUCAUGGACAAUACUGUGAUAAAAUGUGUAACUCGGAAAGAAAGAUCGAUUCUUUACACACACCUUGCUCUAUCAUAUUAUAUCAUGUAAUGGAGACGCACAUCAAUGUAAAGGAAUUUAGCAUAAAUAAUUGGUUGGAAAAGGGAAAAAUAUCUAAAAUGAAAAAUCGCACACCUCAUCAUGAGAUGUUUGUUUGUUAUUGUUGGAACCGGUUGGAACAAAGAAAAAUGUCCGCCAAAUUGGAAUCAUAAAAAAUAUUGCAGAGAAAGGGUUAUAUUUAUAUAUAUUAUAGCAGCUCGAACAUUAUCAAUAUCUUUCUCUUUUACAUACUAACAAAUGGAAAUAAAAGGAAUUAUCAUUGUUGGUACACCUACUUAAAAUCAAACUAUUAUAAUUCAAAAUAAUGAAUAUUUAAAUUAGGAAGAGAGUUGAAUAUACCAUUAGCUAUUCUAAGUGUUUUGUAAUGUACAAAUUUACAUGAGAAUUACGAAGCCAAAAGAU